GCAGCUUUGUGUUCCGAUCAUUCAUCUCUAUCGCUAUUCAUAUGUCGUUGUGACGAGGUGGUGUGCGGUCUCUCAUCGAACUAAACGAGGAAAUCUAACCAAAUUUUUUGAGAGGAGAGGGGAAAAUUGCUAAAAAAUUGAAUCUCCACACGUAAAAAGUAGUGAGGACGAAUUACAGAGCUCGAGGUUUGCGUCAAAUUGUUGUUGUGUUUGUGUCGAAGACUCAGUCAUUCAUUCAUUCAGUUAAAAUGGUACGAAGCACAUCAUACAUAAGCAUAUUUUUUACAUGCACAUUAUGAUUGUGGUUUCACAACUGGCUCCGCCUUUGAUUUCGUGUCAAUCUUUUCGAAGUUAUGGAUCCGAUCUUACCGGCUCUAGAAGCUUCGAUACUAGUAGAAGGUCGAGCAUUUACGACCCAUUUCUACCUUUGGAGUGAAAGAUUACAAGCGCGACACAUAGCUCAGAACAUUCUGUUACGUGAAAAGCUAUAGCAAAAAAAGUUCUUUGCAUUUGCGUGUGGAUCGUUUCCUCUUCAUGCGAUUUUGCAACUACGAGCUGCGACUUGCAAGAAGAAUAAUCAGUGAAUAGUCCUCAACGAUGACCUCGACGACAGCGGCUCAACAUCUUUACCACGAUCAGCACCUCCCAGAACAUCAGGUAACUACAAAGCCAACCAGUCUCUCCUCGCCGUCUACUGCCGGGAAAAGUACCGUCGUAUCGGCAAAGCACCUGGACACCGCCUCCGACUACGAUCCGAUGAACUCCGCACGGGUGGAUGGCGUUCUUUCCUCGUCCAGCACCUCCGCCGCGUCGACGGAUGCAGCCAGUUCCAAAGCUAGUCCGCCGAGCUCCGCCAAGAAGCCAUAUCAAAUGCAAAAAUGUCUGGGUCUGGAAGAGUCAUGCUGUUUUUGCUUGACACAGGAUGUCUGUCCUGGAAGCCCUAGCAUCACAGAUUUCGAGAAGCUUCCGCAUUGCUUAAUCCGCAUGACAAAUCCCACACUUUGGUGACAGGGAAUGGACAUCUUUUGCUGCCUAUGCAUUGGAGAUUUGUCUGUGUUGUGAAAUGCGCAUCACAAGUUCACAUCCUUCCAGAUCCAGACACUUUUACAAUCCAUAACCCAACAAAUCUGGCGAUUGACACCAUGGACGAUUUCCGACAAAAUGGGGUACCGGCGUACAUGUUUCGGGAAAUUUUGGAAGCCUUCCAGGACGACGAGUUUUGCAUGGAUCUGAUGCGAUGGAGCUUCAAGCAUUGCGACGAGUUUCCGGACGACGGUAUUAGUACUUAGAAGACAAUAGGUGUGGUUUGUUUUCAUAUGUUGAUUACUGCAUGACAGGUAGGGACUCUUUUCUCGGUCCUGCAUGACAAAUCUAAUCCUAGUUCAAACAAAAAACAGAUCCUGUGGACGUCGAGCAGAAACUGGAGUGGACGGAUCUGCAUCUGUAUCCAAGAAGAAAAGUGUGUGUAUAGUGAUUCCGGUUUCCUCUUGGAGAAAGAGCAUUGUACUGUAAUGAAGUUGUCUGGCAUGGUAAGAACAGCAAAAAGAAAAACCUGUUGUGCGGCAGAGGUAAUGCGUAAAAACUAAAACGCACCUGAUAUCUGCCUGACCAGCCUGGCAAGCGCAGCCAUCUCGCACUACAACGUUGCGCAUCACAACACACUUUUUUUCUUGCAUAGUCUGCAGUACAGGAAGAAAUUUGAGGACCGAGCAAAUCAGGUUUUGUCCGACGCAGGGUACGAUGUGGACCACGUCAUUAUGGAGCUGACGAAGUUUGUCAAAAGUACUCAUUUUUCGUAAUUUUUCUCACGCAUUAAACUUAAAGCCAACUCAUAGAAGGCAUGUGUGUUUUUGGUUUUCAUGCAGGGUCUUCACUUUCGAUGUGAGUUUCAAUUUGAUUUUUUUGAAUCUACAUACAUUGUACAACUCUACAACGCAGACCCGAAGGGGUUCCAGCUGGAGGCAGACGACACAAUACACGGCGUUUUAGACGUAUCGCAAGAAAAGAACUGUGUUUACAGCAAGUCUGUAAUGCGAAGCAUGCGACACAAGGACAAUUUUUUGCGAAGCAUGCAACAAAAUGCUGGUCUUUCGACACUGUCCCGGCGUACCAGCCGUGUAUUAUAGCCUUUGUCUUUGUCUGUCACGGACGAGAGCAACUUUGUCAUGCUGCGAGUCCAAGAAGCUUCCAGUAACACAGGUUUAUUUUCCUGUGAUAAGACGCUUUGACGGGCAGCGAGGACUACAUAAAAUUCGUCCGGCACAUGCAGUUAUGCAUUGAAAAUAUGUUGUCCAGGUCUGGAUUUGGAUUUGCCAUGCAAGAAUAGAAGAGCAAUAAGAUUUGUAAUGCAUAGCAUGAUGUAACGCUCCUCAGCAUGUCGUGUGCUUUCAAUACUAUCCAGCCCCAGACAUGAUUUUUGCAGUUGAUAGCAGUCGGUAAAAGCACGAAAGGAGUGGGCACGAAGCGUCAUGGGGCCGAUGUUUGAUGAGUCAGGGUUUUUUGGAUAGGAUAAUUUUUCAAGUAAAUAAACGCUGUCGCUGUCCUGCUAUGUUCGACCUCCUUGCACAUUGGGGUAAAAGAACUUGCAGUGAUAGUUGUUUGACUCUUUAUUUGUCUUUGUGUUGCGCAAAAUAAGAAUAACUACACCGCGAUCAGCAUCUCCGACAAGAACUAUGCUCCCUUUUGCAGCCACUCAGCGGCGACGCAGAUUCGAUGUGGUUUUUUGCAAAUAUUACGGCUUUGAAACUGUUUGUCACUACUUCUGACUUGACAUUCGGAGGAUGAAGUAAAUAUUUAUUGCAUAAUUGUGUAGUUACUGCUUCGCCAUCUGCAAUUUGUCGUGCUUUUCCCGACAUCAAGGAGGUAGAAGUUGUACACUUUGAGAUUCUUAAACAAGAAUUUUUUCGAAGAUUCCUCUUGAUUUGCAUUUUUGCACUUCCAUGUCAUUAGCCGCGGGAGGUGGACUUGUCGCAAGAACCCUCGGCCACGACGCGCAGUCAGAUGCAGAACUUUGAUCUUCUACGCAGAACGAAAAGAAAAUUUGUGUCUUUGUGUUGAGUUGAAAAAGAUAUAAGUAUAUUCUUGCAAGAAGG